AUGUCCCACGUACAGUCGGCCGCAGCCGACGUUUUGGACAUUUCUGCGCCGGCAGCACCCACACCGCUGCCGCCGUCUCCCUGCGCGUGUGCCUACUGCGGCAUAGAUGCGCCAAACAGCGUGGUCAAGUGUGACUCGUGCAACCGCUGGUUUUGCAACGGCAAGCUGCACCUGGCUGGGUCCCACAUCGUCACCCACCUUGUGCUCCUGAAACACCAUGUGGUCAGUCUCCACGCGCAGUCCGAGCUCGGCGCCGAGACCUUGGAGUGCUACAACUGUGGCUCCCAGAACAUCUUCAUGCUCGGAUUCGUUUCUGCCAAACACGAUUCAGUUGUGGUGAUCUUGUGCCGCAUGCCGUGUGCUCAGCUGAGAGACAUCAACUGGGAGACCAACGAGUGGCAGGCGUUGAUCAGCGACAGGCAGCUUUUGCCCUGGGUGGCCUCGGUUCCGCUGGAUGAAGAAAUGGCGGUUUCCAGAAAAGUCACCCACGAACAAAUCACCAAGCUCGAGGCCCAGUGGCGCUUGAACAAAGAUGCCACCAUCGACGACUUGGACAAGGUUGAGGCCGAGCUGGACGAGUUGAUGCCGGUGCUUUUGCGCUACCAGGAUCUGUUUCAGUACCAGAAUGCGUUUGCACCUUUGGUAGAGGCCGAGGCGCUCUGCGAUAAGAGUCUCAAAGAGCUGCAGGCUUUGGAGCAUAUUUCUGUGCGGUGGGAGGUGGCAGAGAAUGGGCGAAACGUGGCUUCGUUUGCGCUUUCGACUGCUGAAAAAUCCAAUUUGGUCGUAGCAGUAGGUGAUGAGAUAAUUCUUCACUACAGAGAGCCCGGCGCCGACAGCGACACGUGGAGCGGCAAGGGCUUUAUUGUGAGGUUGCCUGGAGUCAGGCUGGAGGAGUUUUCCUUGGAGCUUCUUCCGGUGAACGAGGAGCCUCCUUCUCAUGCUACCACUGGGUUCACUGCCGAGUUCGUGUGGAAGGGCACGUCAUACCUGCGCAUGCAAAAAGCGCUCCAGGUGUUUGCUACCGAAGAAGAGAGCGUGUCGUCGUAUAUUUUCCAUAAGCUUUUGGGCCACGAGGUGGUGCCUGUUGUCUUUUCCAUGACUACGCCUAAAAAGCUUUCCGUGAAGCGCUUGGCGCAUUUGAACGAUUCCCAGGCAAACGCUGUGGCCACGGUUUUGCAAAGACCCCUUUCACUCAUCCAGGGUCCCCCAGGAACAGGCAAAACCGUCACCUCUGCUACAAUUAUCUACCAUUUGGUGCGUCUCCACAAACACAAGGUUUUGGUGUGUGCUCCUUCGAACGUUGCCGUGGACCACUUGGCGCACAAGCUCGACACAAUAGGCAUUCGUGUGGUGAGGCUCACGGCGAGACUGAGAGAGGACGUCGACAGCUCGGUGGCCGAUUUGGCCCUCCACAAGUUGUUGGAGGUGCGGGCGCUGAAGAAAAUACAGAAGUUGAUGCGCCGCAAAAGAGAUGGCGAGCUGCUUCCCGAUUCGAGUGAGAAGAUGUUGUAUGGAGCGUUGAAAAAGCUCGAAAAUGACAUCAUCGGCGGUGCCGAGGUUGUGUGUUGCACUUGUGUGGGAGCAGGCGACCAGAGACUCUCAGGAUACAAUUUCCGGUCUGUUUUGAUCGACGAGAGCACCCAGGCGACCGAGCCCGAGGUGUUGAUCCCGAUCGUGAAGGGGCUGAAACAGGUGAUUUUGGUGGGUGACCACCAGCAGCUUGGGCCGGUGAUCAUUGACAAAAAAGCCGGCGAGGCGGGCUUGAAACAGCUGCUUUUCGAACGUCUUAUAGCCUUGGGCCACCUGCCGAUCCGUCUCGAGGUCCAGUAUAGAAUGCACCCGGCGCUUUCCGAGUUCUCCUCCAACAUGUUCUACGAAGGGUCGCUCCAAAACGGCGUCAACCUGGAAGAACGCGCCUGGCGAGGCCUGACGUUCCCCUGGCCCGUUCCUGACUGCCCCAUGAUGUUCUGGGCCAACUACGGUAAGGAGGAGAUCUCUGGGUCCGGCAUAUCGUACUUGAACCGAGUUGAAGCGAUGAACGUAGAGAAAAUCAUCACCAGGCUUUUCAGAGAUGGCGUUAGACCCGAUCAGAUCGGCGUGGUGACUCCCUACGAGGGCCAGAGAGCGUACAUUGUCCAGUACAUGCUGAUGAACUCGCUGAUUGUGGAAAGAAGGUCCCAGUAUGCUGAUGUUGAAGUGGCUUCUGUGGACGCCUUCCAAGGCAGAGAAAAGGACUUCAUUAUUCUCUCGUGCGUGCGUGCCAACGAAGACAGAGCCAUUGGGUUUUUGAAGGACUCUCGGCGUAUGAACGUGGCGUUGACCAGAGCCAAGUACGGCUUGGUAAUCUUGGGCAAUCCUCGGUCGCUUUCCAAGGACAACUUGUGGAAUUUUCUCUUGAUUCACUUUAGAGAACGUGGAUGCCUUGUGGACGGGCCCUUGGACAAUUUACAGAUGUCGAUGGUGCCUUUGGGCAAUCCGAGCGAAAAGAGGCGUCAGCAACCGCCUGUGGGGAAUGGGCCACGGCCAAGUUUUGACGAUUUUGAGACCCAGAGUAUGCUUUCGUAUGUGCCUGAAGAUCCAGCUUUCGGCCACAAUGACGAUGCCAAGUGGCCAGCUUUGGGCGCUAUUGACGACGAUGUGAGGAAGGCAGCGGAAAUGUUUGCCAAGGGCUUGAACAUUUAG